AUGGAGCGGCUCACAUCGUGCCUUGCCACCAUCCUCCAAUCCGACUACGACUACGCCCUAUGCGUGAUGAACUCGGGCUUCUUUGAGCUGUCCUCGACGCCUUUUCAGCUGCGCAAUUCCACUUCGAGCUUGAUCUCCUCCCCUUUUAUCACACCAAGUUCAAGUAACUCCUUACCCGUAACCGCGCUAGGCUCUUGCUCGCUCACUUGCACAACCCCUUCACCAUUACGGACGUCCAGCUCGUGCUGCGCGGCAGCCACCGCUGUCCUCAACUGUCCCCAGUCCACGACCCCUUCAUCCUCGUCCAACAUUUCCGACUGUCGAUCGGUCAUCCACAAUGCGAUCGUCGACAGUCAACAGUGUUCCCUCGCCUCUGCCAACAUCGUCUUGCUGGUCAGUGUAGCCAUUCUUGUCACUCUCCUUCUCGCUGCUACAAUUGCCGCCCGACUCAAUGCCAGGAACCAAGUGGCUACAAAAGCUGCUGAAGGACUUGAUGAAGACGAAAGUCUCGAGCAGCGACUUGCAGCAGUGAAGCGGCCAUCAAAGUGGCGCGCGCUACUCACGUCGUGGCGACAAGUGACGAACUUACUCUGGAAGAACCUCGUGAUCCGACGACGGAAGCCCGUGUCGUUCUUGCUGGAGCUCUUCCUUCCCGUGCUCUUGACACUCGCGUUGGUUUUUAUUGCCAAUGUCGACACGAUCUUUGGCACGGGAAACCCCUCAAAUGGUUCAUCGACAGAAGCAGCAGCAGCAACAACAACGACGUCCCAGACCAUUUUGUGUACGGCACUUGAUCAGUGGACGGAUUACGGGGCACUGAGCACCAACAUGUCGACGUUCUACACGAGUGGACAGAGUGUCAUUGGCCUCUUUUUACUCGUGAGCUACAUGAAGUUUGUCUCGACAACUACGACGACCAUGGUGAGUGAAAAGGAGACACGGAUCCGAGAAGUCAUGAAGAUCAUGGGGCUCUCAAACUUUACGCUCUUGUGCUCGUGGUGCCUCACGACCGCGAUUUUGACCACGCCACUGUCCUUCGUCAUUGCUGCAGAGCUCAAAUUUGGCCAAGUGUUUCCCAUGACAACGUACGCGACGCUGGUGUUCUUGUUCUGGACGCUGAGCUUGUCGAUCGUGAGCUUCAGCUACUUUAUUACACCCUUCUUCAACAAGGCAAGAGCAGCUUCAAUCGCCUCGGUGUUGCUCUGGCUCCUGCUGUUUUUCCCGUUCUUUUUCGUCAUGUCCAAGUCAAACGCGACCAGGUAUCUCGGCGCCCUGGCACCUCCUACUGCCUUUGCCCUCGGUAUUGAUAGCAUCGUGCGCCACGCUCAGCUUGGACGAGGAGUCGCGUAUGCGAUUGAGAUUGCAGAGUUCCCAGUUACCGUGCCAACGGCAUUUGCAAUGAGCUGGUUCUUGAUAUUGGACUCGUUUAUCCUGGUCGCUCUUGGUUGGUACUUCGACAAUGUACUUCCUCAAGAGUUUGGUAUCCGCAAGCCGUGGAAUUUCCUCUUCGUGAAGGACUUUUGGCGUCCUUUGAGUUCAACAGCGGUCGACAGAGACGUUGUGGUGCUGGAAUCUCCUUCCAUGGACUCACCGCCUCGGACGUACAAGUCGUUCGCAUCACCACAAGGAACAAGGUUGUCGCAUCACACUUCGACGAAUAGGUCGAUCGUGAUGAUGAAGGAUCGGCCUGAAUUUGUGGCUUGUAUGGAGGCCGUUGACGCCACGCUGGCAGCACAGGAACGGAAAGGAACGUGUCUCCAGAUUCGAGGCCUUCGUAAAGAAUUUGCGCUGGACAAUGGCGAGGUAAAUGUAGCAGUUGGAGGACUUGACCUCACUCUGUACACCGGGCAGAUCACGGCGCUGCUUGGCCACAACGGCGCUGGAAAGACAACCACCAUUUCGAUGUUGACCGGUCUUAUUCCACCCACGUCGGGCAACGCAACGCUUUACGGUCUCUCCCUUCGCGAAGACUUGAACGAGCUUCGCCAGAUUAUGGGUGUUUGUCCUCAACACGAUGUACUAUUCGACGAACUGACCGUGGACGAGCAUUUAUUGCUGUUUGGAACGAUGAAGCACAUUCCGCGUGGCAGUCUGAAGAUGGAAGCGGAGCGGAUGAUUCGGGAGGUGGGUUUAACGGAAAAGCGGAAAACCGCUGCUAGGGACCUAUCGGGUGGACAAAAGCGCAAAUUGAGUCUUGCAUUGGCCUUCAUGGGGGACAGCAAGCUCAUCUUUCUGGAUGAGCCUACGUCUGGUAUGGAUCCGUACUCCCGUCGGUCUACUUGGGACUUGCUGCAGCGAAACCGGGACGACCGAGUUAUUCUUUUAUCCACGCAUUUCAUGGACGAGGCUGACAUCCUUGGUGAUCGCAUCACAAUUAUGGCUGACGGUCAGCUUUGUUGCGCCGGGAGUUCACUUUUUCUGAAGAAUCGCUAUGGUGCGGGAUAUCAUCUGACCAUGAUCCAAGCGCCCGGAUGUGAUGUGGAAGCAGUGGGUACGUUUUUGCGUGGCUUCGUGGCUGAAGCAAAAUGCUUCAGCAACUUUGGUUCCGAAGUUGUGUUUCAACUUCCGUCAAAAUCGGUAGGAGCGUUUUCAAAGAUGCUGCAAGCUCUCGACGAUGAAAUGCCCCGCUUGCGUAUUGUCCAGUACGGUGUGUCCGUAACAACUCUUGAGGAAGUGUUCUUGCGUAUCUCACGCGAUCGAGAAGAAGAAGCCGCCAUUGACGCUGUUUCGUGUAGCGUGGAAACAGUCAACCAAAUUCGCAAGACAUCAGCAAGUUCAGCGUAUUCUCGCAGCACGGUGACGAGCCCGAUGUCCAUCGAAUGUACUAAUGGGGCGACGCUGUGGACCCAAUAUACGGCGCUGCUGACAAAGCGUUUGUGUAUUGCAAAGAGGGACAAGAAAAACCUGUUGAAUACCGUCUGUAUCCCGCUGAUUUUCCUGAUCAUCUUGGUGUCGCUUCCCGAUAUCGACGUUGCCAGCUUCAUGCCUACCGAUGACUACGCGACAGAACUUGCGUCACAAGGGCAGUGCACAAGCGAAAGGUUUUCGUUGGUGUCUACUUCAAGCUUUUGUGACAGCUUCUCAUUUAACUACUGUAAGCUGGACGUGAUUGACUGCAGUGCCUCGACAUGCUGUGACCCGAGGAACGUCCAGUCUCCGUACUACGCGUGCAACAGGUGUGAGGGCACCUCGUCGACCAACGCAGUAACGCCGUGCUACAACAAGCACUGCCUCGACGAUGAUGGUGCAAGGCUUCAGGUCACGCUGAAUGCCAUUUUGACAUCCAUUGUGGUGAUGCUGGCUUUAGCUUUUGUUCCCGCCACGAUUGUAGCCUUCGUCGUACGCGAGAAAAGCCCAACUCAGAACGCGAAGAGUUUGCAGCUGAUUUCGGGUGCCAGCGUGUCAGCGUAUUGGUUGUCCACGUGGACUCACGAUUUCCUUAUCAUACUGGUGUGGGGAGUCGUUUGUUUGAUUGGUUCGCACGCUCUGGUCGUGAUCCCGAUGGCAUACUUGUUUUCGUUCAAGUUCGAAAAACAUGCAGUGGCACAGACAUCGCUGCUAGUAUUUGCCCUCUGCACGGGUGGAUUGCUGAGCAUUUUCUCGUUCUUGUGUCGACUCAUCGACUUUGACUUGACCGCGAGCAGCUCCUCCAACUUGACUCUUUCAUCGCUGGACAGGAACUACCUGCGAUGGAUUUUUCUGCUUUUCCCAGGUUACAGCCUGAACAGCGGUAUUUACGAAAUCGCUACACGAAAGCUGACCCGACAUUCGCUAUACAGUAGCGAUACCGAGAGAGCAGCCCCGCCUUCGUUUUUUGGUCUUUGGAAAGGUCUUGGGACGGACUACACAUGUGAGUCAUGCUGGGAUGCACCGGAUGGUGCACCUUGUUGCGAGCGCAACGUUUUCGAUGUGGACGUGGCUGGGGCUCCUAUUGCCUAUGCUGUGGUCGAGUUCGUGAUUUUCAUGCUAUUAGUGUUUGUAAUUGACAACCGUAGCUUGUCGUGGCGCCCUGAACAGCAGCAGCAGCCUCGCAACGAGGAUGACGAUGUGGCCACUGAACGACAAAGGGUGGAGCAGUCGCUUCCCACCCAGAACGACAGUGUGUUUAUCCGUAACUUGCGUCAUGAGUAUGGACGUAAAGGCAAACUCGCAUUGGACAAUCUGUGCCUCUCCGUUGCAAGAGGGGAGUGCUUUGGAUAUCUUGGUAUCAAUGGAGCCGGUAAAUCGACGACGAUGAAAGUGCUGACUGGUGAGAUGGCCCCGACAAACGGAUACGUUACACUUGGGGGCUACGAUUUGGCUCGCGAUCGCAAUAAAGCGCGUCAUGUGAUCGGGUAUUGCCCCCAGUUCGAUCCAUUGCACGACUUGCUGACUGUGGAAGAGCAGCUUGAGCUGUAUGCUCGGCUCAAAGGCAUCCCAAGUGAUUGCGUCGACAACAGCGUUGACCAGACCAUUGAAAAUAUGGGACUCACUGAGUACCGGGCCAAGCUGACACAAGGACUUAGUGGAGGCAACAAGCGUAAGUUGUCAACUGCCAUCGCCAUGAUCGGCGAUCCAAGUGUCAUCCUUCUCGACGAACCUUCGACGGGAGUAGACCCAAGUUCUCGACGGAAAAUGUGGGAUGUCAUUGCUAAUGUCUGCGCGACCAAGAAAUCCUGCGUCAUUCUUACAACCCAUAACAUGGAGGAAUGCGAAGCACUUUGUACGCGUGUUGGAAUCUUGGUUAGUGGACAGCUGAAAUGCUUAGGAAGCGUCGAGCAUCUCAAGCAGAAAUUCGGCCGAGGAUACAUCGUGGAGGUGAAGUUGCAACAACCACCUGCAUUUGUUUUGGAGUCAUUACAGCGAGAUGUGUACCAAAUCCUUGGAGACAAUAGCCCUGGUAUCUCACGACACCAUGUUGCGAGUCUAUGUUCGUCUCUUGAAGUUCCAAAGCGGGCGCAAGAGAUCCUGGAUGGCGAGAACAAUGGCAGGGUGCUCACCAGCUACUUCGGGACGUCAGGCGUGAUCCCCGUCGACAUCUUUUGCGCGUGGUGGGCGACUGAAAACAUGUACUCGACGCUGCAAGAAUUUUUUCACGAAAGGUUCCCAGGUUGCCAGCUUAUCGAACACCAAGGCGGCCACUUUCGUUUCCAAGUACCAAAGCAGUCUUUGCGGCCGUACGCAAUCUUCGGCCUCCUUGAAGAAAACAAGGAGAUGCUGCACGUGCGUGAGUACGGCGUGAGCGCAACGUCGCUGGAAUACAUUUUCAACGAAAUGGCUGUCCAACAACAAGAGGAUCAGCUACAACAAGGUAGCGCUAGAUGA